AUGAUCACUAACACCCAACUUGACGGUAUUGCGCUUGUUGUCGGGUCUGGACGCGGCAUCGGCCAACAAGCCGCCUUUUCUCUGGCCGAGGCUGGUGCAAAAGUGGUUGUGUUUGCUGAUAUGAACGAAGAGACCGCCAAACAGUCCGCCGAGGAAAGCAGGAAAUACGCUUCGAACAAGGACUACACCGCGACUACAUUUACAGUCAAUGUUACAGAUAAGCAAGCCGUCCAGGACAUGGUAUACUCUGUAGUCAAUACCUUUGGCCGGCUGGAUUAUUGUGUGAAUGGUGCAGGGAUUGAUAAUGGCGUUCACUGCCCUGUCGCCGAAACCGACAUCGAGAACUUCGAACGGAUCCUGGAUAUUAAUGCGAAAGGAAUGAUGAUGUGUGUUCGCGCACAGUGCGCUGCUAUGCGAAAACAAACUCCCCGACAGGUACAAGGACGUAACGCGAUAUGUCAUAUCGGCCGUGGUGCCAUAGUCAAUAUCGCCUCCGCGAAUUCUUUUGCCGGACUUCCGGGCAAAAUGUCCUAUACGGUAUCAAAACAUGCGGUUAUGGGUUUGACCAAGAUGGCAGGUCUGGACCAUGCAGCCGAAGGAAUCCGAUGCAACGCUGUCUGUCCCACCUGGGUUCGCACGCCCCUUUUGGAUGAGGAGCUGCGAAGUAAUCCGGACGUCGCGGGCAUGAUUUCGGCUUUUGUUCCUAUUAAGCGGGCUGCAGAGAGUGAUGAGGUGUCUGAUACUAUUGCGUUCCUGCUGAGUCCGGCAGCGAGCUAUAUCAACGGGACGAGUGUGCUGGUUGAUGCGGCCGUGACGACAACUUUGCGGCUUUUCUAG